AUGUACAUCAGCCUCAGAAUCUUCGUGCUCCUUGCUGUCCUGUCAACCAGCUCCUUGGGGCAGCAACCAAAAGAGAAUAGUCAUGCCAACCUAGGAGGUCCUGAGCUGGAGCAGACUCUGGCUGCCCAGCAUCGGCUUGCCCGUGCCCCUGCUUCCUCCAGCCAGCUGAGAGUUGAUGGAAAUGCUGACUCCAGGAGCAACUUCGGGGCUUUGCUGGCCAGGUAUAUCCAGCAAGCCAGGAAAGGUUCUUCUGCUCGAAUGCCAGUCAUCAAAAAUCUCCAGAGCAUUGACCCCAAUCACAGGAUAAAUGACAGGGAUUACAUGGGCUGGAUGGAUUUUGGGCGCCGCAGUGCAGAGGAAUAUGAAUACUCCUCCUGA